AUGGGGGAGGUGCCGAUGUGCAGCGUCGUGCCGCGCCGCGCCGCCGCGCACUUCCGCCUGCGGCACCACGGGGUGCGCCGCAAGGUCCACGUCGUCCGGCUCGGGAACGGCGGCGCCGGCGCACGGCGGGCAGGUAGCGCCCGCGGGCUCUGCAGACUCCGGCGCAUGAUCAAGCUCCGGUAUCUCGGCAGCAUCAUGUGGCGCCUCACCGGGCUCUGCGCGGCGGCGAUGUCGGGACCAUCCCGUGUUUCCGACGGCAUGCAUGGCAUGGAGCCGUGCUUCGGCCGACCCUUUGUGUCGGCCAUGCUGGUGAGGCGCGCGGGACAAGACUGCUAG